UUGUGGAUUAGAUGCUAAGCUCCCCUUCAAGCACUUGUCUUUUACUUUUGUACAAAAGAGCUAGUUGUUAUUGAUUYAUAAUACAUUGGAAGUGCAAUUGGGCGGCUGAGCGCGACGGUCUUCUUCGGUUUUUGAGGAUAAAAAAAAUGUCCAAUUCGUCCUGCUCUGCAAAUUUGGCAGGGACAUCAAAGACAGUGUUCAUUAUCAUGAACAUUAUAUCUGGAUGUGCUUCCUCUAUUGGCAACGGUGUUGUCAUCUUAGUAAUAUGUUGGUCGAAAUUACGUUGUUGUAAGUCGAACAUUUUCUUACUUUCUCUAACGUUAGGAGACUUUUUCGUUGGAUUUUUAAUGAACCCCCUGUACAUUACAAUAGUUGUACAGGAUGUUUGGAUGGAAAAUAGCCCACUUAUGGCAGUAGAAAACUAUUUAUGGAUUCAAUCUCUAACUGUUACAACUUUCAGCUUGUGUUUCAUAAGCAUUGAACGGUACAUCGCCAUAUCUCGACCAUUCACGUACGGCAAAAUCCUCACCAAAACACGAUGCUGCCUCGCUAUUGGAUUUCUUUGGUCAUUUUCUCUCGUAGCUGGAAUUGCCAGUUUUAUAGUCGAAGAGAAUUCGUUGGUAACAUUGUGGGCAGCAUGCUUAUCUGUGGUAGUGUUUCUGCCACUUGGGACAAUGGCUUAUUUUUAUUUCAAAAUUUUCCAAGAGGUUUCUCGACAUAAGAGGAGGAUGAAAAAAGAUUCACUCGAAACGAUGUGCGCUCGUCAAAAAAAUCAAAAAGCCGUGGUUACAAUUGGUAUAAUAGUUGGCCUUUUCAUUAUUUGUUUUGCUCCAAGUCUUGUAUUUUCGUUCUUAACGAUGGCACAGAGCGACAAAUGCCGAGAAAUGAGACUUUAUCGCAAGUGGAUUUGGGCAAUACUGGUCAACUUCAGUGGCUCUGCAAUUAACCCUUGGAUAUAUGCUCUACGAACCAAUGACUUUCAGCGUGCCUUUGCCAGGCUAUUUGGUUUUCAAAGAGAACUGUUCACGUUUAACGAUCUUAAAUGGAAAGUUAACUUAAAAUUUCAACAUGGGGAAUAUUUUGUAAACAUUAAAAAAUCACACAUUAAUUGAACCACGCAAUAGGUACAAUAAACAUUUCUCUGAAUUCUCUGUCGGAGAACUGUGCAAGGCGAAGAUGUUUUUCCAACUGAACUUAACCGGGAUUUUUUUCGGUGCUUUUGAAAGGAAGAGAGGUUUUAAAAAGAAGUGGAUUUUUAAUUUUCCUGUGAUACAUUUAAUACCCCUUGCUAUAUAUAACCGGAUCUUGAAUAUUUAUUCUAAACGUAUGUUUAAACACAACAAAAUAAAGCAUACGAUUCACUUGUGAAUGUCAACGUAAGUAUCAAGUUUGGGAAAAACAUUUCUAACCACUUCAAGUGGGAUAUUCCAUGUUAGAAARCSUGAAGAAUGAGUGGCAAGACCAAGUGAUUAGAACACGAUAAUGUAGGCUGUGUACACAAGAAUACAAAAAUAA